AUGGACAUCAGAUUCAGUGAUUCUCCAGAUGAGCCGGAGUCAAAACGCAGAAAAGUGCGAAAGGGAACCCGCAGUUGCUGGGAGUGCAGGCGGCGGAAAGAAAAGUGUACAUUCCAGUCAUCCACCGAUGCAAUCUGCAUUCGCUGUCAGCGUCGUGGCGUAAAGUGUGUUGGUCAAGAGUUUCCGGAGGUUGAGCCUCUCGUCGAGCAGACGUGGAAAAGACGUGCCAAUGACUUAGAUCCACUUGGUCCAGUUAUACCGGACAGAGAAGAGAGUGAAAAUGUCCCAGGUCUUUUGACUCCAACUUCAAUGUCUCUUGAACCUUCGCGUAUCCUGUCUACAUCUAGUCCUUCCGCAGGAAAAGAGACAAUCGGGCCUGGGCCGACUACCCAUCCUGUCUUGAUAGCGAGAUACAUGCUUUAUGUCGCGACCUUCUUGCAGCACAUUCCAGGAUCCCCUCACCAAGGAAUCCCAGAGCUUUCGGAACCACCUCACGAGAUAAUGGAUCGGCUAGCCGACAGUGCUAUCGCCCUCGUUAUCUCCAACGAUGAUCUCGUCGCUUGUAUCGAAGGAUUGGAGUGUAUGAUUAUACAGAGCUGGUACCAGGUUAAUGGCGGCAAUUUGAGAAAAGCUUUGAUUGCUGUCCGCAGAGCUAUGACAGUUGCACAAUUAAUGGGACUCCAUCGUGCUGAGAGCCACAUUCAGUGCAAGCUUCUUGACCCGCAUACGGAAGCUCAUCCACAGUUUCUAUGGUUCCGAUGCCUAUCCCUCGAACGCCACCUUUGCUUGAUGCUAGGACUGCCACACGGAACUCUUGGCGAUAGCAUGGCUUCAGAAGCGGCUCUAAAAACGGAAACACCGAUGGGAUACCUUGAGCGAAUACAUUGUGUUAUCUCAUUCCGUAUUCUCGAACGCAACCACUCGGCCCUCAUCCCACACGAUUACUCAUUGACUAGGGAGAUCGAUGGAGAUUUGCAGAAAGCAGCGACGGAGUUACCGUGCAAAUGGUGGCUCACUGCGGACUUGGUUUCGGUCAAAGACCAACCAGAGGCAAUGUUUUGGGAGAUGCGACGACUGUUUCAUCAGCUUUAUCAUUACAAUUUGCUGAUUCAAAUUCACUUACCAUACAUGAUUUGCUCGCCGACUGGUCAAAAUUACGAUUACUCACGCAUAACCUGCGUGAACGCAGCUCGAGAAAUUCUUUCGCGUUUUCUCGCGUUCCGUAACUUCAACAUAUUUGCUUUCUCCUGUCGUACGUUCGACUUCUUUUGCCUGAUGGGGGCGAUGACACUAUUGCUAGCGCACAUCGACGGCCAUCGACGUGUUAUAGCUACCAGCACCGAUCCCCCGGGACAACACAUGACAACAUCAGAAAGCUUGCUUGCGCAUCAACGGCCCGGCGACCGUGCGCUAGUGGAGCAAAUUCAGGAAAGCUUCGAGUACGCCAGUCGAACGGAGACAGACAAAUUGAGUACAAAUAUUGCGGACUUGCUGCGGCAGUUGAUGAAUAUUGAGGCUGAGGCAGCAGCUAAAAGUUUGGCGCUACCCGCAAAGACAUAUCCCCAUAUUUCUUCAGGAAUUGACGAGAAUAAAGGCCAUGCUGUUCAUCUCCAAAUACCAUAUUUGGGAACUAUUCAAAUCACACACAAUGGGAGCAUUUCUAAGUUACCCAAUUCUCAGACAAGUAUAGGAAAUCCGAACCAAAGCAGAGUUCAAGCGGCUCUUGGAUCUACUUCCGAUGUCGCACGAGAGCAAGGUUCUAAAUUCAACGAUUCUCAUAGAACUUCUCAUGGCAAAAACGCGUCAGGAGAUACUUUCCAUGUGGGGCCCUCAGUUGGAUCCGCUGCUGAUGUUAAUCGUCACGUUGCAGCGCCCGCUGUAUCACAGUGCUCCAGUGCUAUGGAUGAACCUCUCUUGGGGGGAUAUGAAGAUCCCCUUUUUGCUGUCGGAACUGAUGACUGGGCAUUCCAAGGGGUGGACAUGGCUUUCUUUGAUAACUUGAUGAGAUGGAGUGGCGAUGAUAGCAAUGAGUAG